CUCUCGGAAUGAAGCUGACAUACGUGUUCAUGAAUUCUUUAAGACAUCGUAUUUCAAGAAAGGGAUCUAUCCUCUUCCAGGUGCCCAUAACACUCUUCACAAGCUCUCAAGAUAUUGCGAGCUUUCAGUUGUGACGUCCCGGCAGAAUGCGAUAAAGGAUCACACACUUGAGUGGCUUGACAUGCAUUUUCCAGGACUGUUUAAACAGAUUCAUUUCGGGAACCAUUUUGCUCUUCAUGGAGAUUCCAAACCCAAGUCUGAGAUCUGCAGAUCAUUUGGAGCAGAGGUAUUGAUUGACGAUAACCCUAGAUACGCAGAGGAAUGCGCUAACAUUGGGAUGAAGGUUCUGCUCUUUGACUAUGAAAACUCAUACCCUUGGUCUAAAACUGAGUCUGUGGAUAGACAUCCUCUGGUGACUAGGGUUCAUAACUGGGAAGAAGUGGAGCAGCAUAUUCUCUCGUUGGUAGUAUCAAAGUGUUGAAACAUUUCUGCAAAUUGAAAAUGUCAUUUUGCCAAUGCUUAAACUAUAGUAUUGAUGCGACUUAGUGACAUUUGGUAUUGUAUAAGUAUGGAAGAAGGCGAACGAAUCAAGAAAGCUUGAUUGAGGUUUAGCUAAAACUGUAAUCUCUUAGCAUUAAAAAUUAAAUGUUUUUUUUCUAAGUUUAGCUUGUAAUCAAAUUAUUCAACUAAAAUUUUAUUUCAUGUAAAUAUAUUAAAAAUAAAUAACUUUUUAAGUUUCAAA